ACCAAAACAAACCAAUCCGAAUCAAUCAAUCCCCAUAACCCCUAAAAGCAUUCAAUAGGAGAAUUCACGUGCGCAGUAUUUAGAGUAAUUUACGAUUUGGCAAGAUAUUUCCCAAUGACUAUAGAACUGAAUAUAACCACGGCCAAGCAGCCAAUACGCUCCAAACCAGAGGAACUACUUGAUACAGUUAAAAUUAAAAAAUCUAAGAAAACUCCCAACAAUGACUUUAAAUUUGAAUUCGGUGGAGGAACACAAAAAGUUAAGGCUGUAGUGGCACGAAGGCGACCCACAACCAACGUCAGCAAUAAACAACAGUCGGAGGAGCCACAUAAAUCAGUGGCAACGAAAUCGAUAGCUAUACGGCGAAAGGUUGCCGCUUCUAAUUCUGAGCAAACGAAAACAUUGGGUGCACUGAAAAGGAAGGCCGCCGAAAAAACACAAGAGAUACCAUUGCAAAAGAAUUUUGUAACAGCACCUGCUCGCGAGGAUAAUGAUGAAUCAGAUUUAGAAUCGUAUGCCAAAGUGCAAAAUGAGAAAGGUUUAGCUAGUGAUUUGAUGUUAAAUAUCUGCACUACCAGUACUUUCGCAAAGCCGAAACCCACGAAACCCACACGCGAGGAACGUCUUCAGAAUAAAAGAAAUGAACGCCAAAGUGAGAUGUUACUAAAGAAACGGAGACUUACCGACAAUGAAAUCAGAACUGGCAUUAAAAAAUACUCACAAAAUCCCAAUCAAAAACCUAGAGCUUCGGAUUUAUUUCUUCAAAGGGAGCGUAAGGAAGCGCUUCAAAACAUAGCAGAGGACGCUAAAGACAGUUCAGAGGAAGAACGCGAAUUGGGUCAUGUCGAUCCACAGGCACGUAAAGUCAAUGCGUUCCGUGUUAAACGGCCGGGAGAUUCAAGUGUUCGUAAAAUUGGCCUGUUCAAAGAUCAACCGGAGAAGGUGGAGUUAGGUCAACGCUUGGUGAGACCCAUAACGGAAAAGAUUUUUGAUGACAUUAAAGUUGAUUCAUUAGAUUUGCAUGCUCACACGGUGAAAAACUUGGCAGAUGUUUUGAGUAUAACACAAUUGACAACGGUCCAGAAAAAGACAGUCCCUAAGGCGUUGGAAGGCAAAGAUCUUCUGGUACGGUCACAAACUGGUUCGGGCAAAACACUAGCUUAUGCUCUACCUGUUGUGGAAAAACUUCAAGCCAUACGACCAAAACUUACCCGUGAUUGUGGUAUAAUGGCCCUUGUGAUAGUUCCGACGCGCGAGUUGGCCAUACAGACAUAUGAGCUAUUUCUCAAGUUGGUGAAACCGUUCACAUGGCUUGUACCCGGCGUUCUAAUGGGUGGUGAACGACGUAAGGCAGAAAAAGCAAGAUUGCGCAAAGGCAUCAAUAUUUUAGUUGGGACACCAGGCCGCCUAGUCGACCAUCUGUUGCACACCGAAUCAUUUAAGGUAAACAAAGCCAAGUUUCUAAUACUUGACGAGGCAGAUCGUUUACUUGAAAUGGGUUACGAAAGGGAUGUUAAACAAAUCGUUGAAGGCAUAGAUAAACAACGCGAGGAGAGUGCCAAAGAAGAAUCUUUGGAGCCUUUACAGAGAAUGCUACUGUCAGCCACUCUAACGGCAGCUGUACAAAAGUUGGCUGGCCUUACAUUAAAUGAACCGAUUUUCAUCGAUAACAGUGACGAGGAUCCCGCAAAGGCAAUAACCACCGUUGAUGGUUAUAAUAAAGAAAGCAUCGAGGCAGCCACUGCGGAGAUACUAGAUGGUGAAGAUUCUACCGGCAUUCUCACUAUACCGGAAAACUUGAAGCUUAGCUAUGUGGUAGUUACGCCCAAAUUACGUUUGGUCAUUCUAUCAGGUCUAUUGGCUCAUGAAUACCGUGGCAAAGAUAAGUUUAAGGCUUUGAUUUUUAUGAGUACCAUGGAAAUGGUAAACUUUCAUCAUGAUCUGCUAAAUGAACAGCUCACACAAAAAGUUCUAGACGAAGACGAUGAUGAAGUUGCCAAAGAACAAUCGGAUGAUGAGUCUGAAGAACCUUUGUUGAAAGGCUUAAGAUUUUUCCGCUUACACGGUUCUAUGUCACAGACUGAACGACAAGGUGUUUUUAAAGGAUUCCGGGAAUGCAAAUCUGGUGUUUUGUUGGCUACGGAUGUUGUUGGUCGUGGCAUUGAUGUUCCAGAAAUCGAUUUGGUUAUUCAGUACUCUCCGCCACAAAAAACAGCAGAUUUUGUUCAUCGUGUUGGUCGAACAGCUCGUGCGGGACGCAAUGGCCGUGCCGUAUUAUUUUUAACCCCAAGUGAAGUGCAAUUUGUUCGUUACUUGGAAAACAAACGAAUUAGAAUAUCACAAGGUGACAUGGAUGUAUAUUUAAAAGCCUUAAAUGAUGCAGAUGGUGAAGCAAAUACUGUUCAGGAAGCUGCCUCGAAUUUACAACAUAAAUUUCAAGAAUUAUUGGUAGAUGACAAGGAAAUGCACGAAAAAGCAUGUAAAGCUUUUGUGUCGUGGACUAAAUUUUAUACAACUUUUCCCAAAGAGUUAAAACCCAUAUUCAAUGUGAAAAAUGCCCACAUGGGACAUUUUGCCAAGAGUUUUGCCUUAAAGGAUCAGCCCACCUCGUUUACUAAAAAGCAUUCUAUGCCAAAACCGGCACUACCUACUAAUCGCUUAACCUAUACCGAGAGAGAUCCAGAGAAAAUCAAACUGGAAAAGAAGGCUAGAAAACAUCGUUUUGGCACUACUGUUACUGGUGCUGUGAGGAAUGUCAAUAGACCUGAACCCAAUAGAUUGGCCAAAAUGAUUCCCACAUCAAGAGUUUUAACCAUAUCUGAAUUCGAUAGUGGUUUGCCAUCUUCGAAGAAGCGCAAAAAUAAAUAAUACAAACAUUUUCCAUUAAGUAAUAAAUAAAACUUGUUACCACAAUAACUUAGAA